GUUAAAAACCCGAACAGCUAACCGCAGCAGACAGGAGAGGAGAAACGAGAGGGAAAGAGGAUAGAAACUGUUUCUAUCCGAAAGAGAAAUUCUUAUUUUUGUCGAGCAUACAUUGGACGCAACAAAAAAAGAAACAACUGCGGUGACAAUGGCCUCGGAGGUGUUUUCGUACGAGAGUUUGGUUCAUGCUGUGUCAGGAGCAGUGGGAAGUGUGACUGCAAUGACAGUGUUCUUCCCUCUUGAUACUGCCAGACUCCGCCUUCAAGUGGAUGAUAACAGGAAGGCCAAAUCAACUCCAGCCAUCCUAGCAGAAAUUAUCAAAGAGGAAGGACUACUAGCUCCCUACAGAGGAUGGUUCCCGGUCAUCUGCAGCCUCUGCUGCUCCAACUUUGUCUACUUCUACUGCUUCCACUGCCUCAAGGCCAGCUGGCAGAAGGGGAAGCAGUCAACACCCAGCACUGACUUAAUCACAGGCAUCGUUGCAGGUGUUGUUAAUGUGUUAGUGACCACCCCUCUGUGGGUGGUCAAUACCAGACUGAAGCUUCAAGGCUCCAACUUUCGUAAUGAAGACAUCCGGCCCACCAACUACUCUGGCAUAUUUGAUGCAUUUGUGCAGAUCAUCCGUGAUGAGGGUGUUGGAGCCCUGUGGAACGGGACCUUCCCAUCCCUGCUGCUGGUGUUGAACCCUGCCAUCCAGUUCAUGAUCUAUGAAGGCCUGAAGAGGCAGCUGAGGAAAGGAGUUCCCAGAGAGCUGACAUCUCCAGAGGUCUUCAUGAUCGGUGCUGUUGCCAAAGCUGUUGCCACCACUAUCACAUACCCGUUGCAGACUAUACAAUCAGUUCUUAGGUUUGGUCAGUUCAACACAUCAACAGAGAAGUCAAAGCUGCUGUCAGGUCUCAGGACUGUUAAGUGUCUGCUGCUCAAUAGGGCAAGGAAGUACGGCAUGUUGGGUCUGUUUAAAGGCCUGGAGGCCAAGCUGCUGCAGACGGUGUUGACUGCCGCCCUCAUGUUUCUUCUCUAUGAGAAGAUUGCCAGCUGCACCUUCAGAGCCAUGGGACUGAGCCACUACAAGAAACGCUAGCUGGAAAGACAUUUUAACAACCCCGGACACUUGAGCGCCGCUGUAGCUCAUCAGGUUGAGCUGAUGUCCCAUGUACAGGGCUACAGUCCCGAUGUGGAGGUCAUGAGUUCGAAUCCCACUCAUGGUCCUUUCCCACAUGUCCUCCCCCUGUUCUUCUUCCCCACUUCCUGUCCCUCCCACUGCACUAUCAAACAAAAGCCAAAAAAAAACAACUUAAAAAAAAAUACUGAUGAACUGUAAAAAUCACUUCUGACAGACACGAUGAAGAUGAAGGCUUCAACUCUCUGCAAACCAUCUUGAAAACAGUGGAUCUUUAAUGGUGACCUCAUCUUGCAAAUACUCCAUCCAAUAAAGCAUUCCAUACUGAAAGUAUUGAUUUUUCCAUAAAAA